AUGCUUACUCGCAACUUCCUCCUCGCGGCUCUUUUCUCCGUCUCCGUCCUUGCUCAUCCGCAUGGACCUCUCAACCCCGGUGGACCCGUCGCUGCUCGGUACACCCUCAGCACCAGAGAUGGCGAUGACACCGACACCGACGGUGAUGUCUCCACUGGCGUUGUUGGCACCGACACCGGGGACGACACCGACACUGACGAUGACAUCAGCGCCGGGCAGCCCACUGUCGGAGUUCCUGCUGUGAACGACGAUGACACUGACUGGACCGACAAUGACGGCCAUGACACGGACGAUGAUGUCCCUACCCCUAUUACUGGAGUUGUUGGCGACGAGGGGGAUGACACCGACCACGACGACCACGACACUGAUACUGACGACGAGGCCAAUCUCGGUGCCAGCCCUGGUGUUGUCCCCGGCGACGAGACUGACAAUGACGGCCACGGCACCGACACUGACAACGAUGGCCAUGACACUGACACCGAUGACGACGAUGUCAGUGCUGCUACCACCACCGGCCCUGUCGCUGUUACUGCCGCCGGCCCUAUAGCUGCUACUACUGGCCCAGCCACCACUACCACCACUGAAGGCGAGGACACCGAUACUGACAACGACGGCAUCGACACUGAUGAUGAGAGCGAUGAUGAGGCUCCUACUGCUACUUCUUCCAUUCGCCCUACCUUCACGCCCGUGCUUGCCAACGCUGGUGCUAAGGAGAAUGGAUUUGGUGGUGUUGCGAUGGGUGUUGCUGGUGUUUUGGGGGUUAUUGCUGUCUUUUAA